AGAAAAAAAAGAAGAGAGAGAAAAUCAGGAGAGGGAGAGUGGGAAAAACCCGGGAAGAGACCAACUCAUAAACCCUAGCGCGAAGGAAGCAGUCUUCUUCUUCAACGCGUGAAGGCGCAUGUCCCGAACCCUAACCAACUCUGUAACUCCAUCUCUUCUCGCCUUCAAACCUCGUCAAGUUCUUCUCUCCCACCACGCUAUGAAGCAAAGAAUCGACGCCCAAACUCCCAAGUCUGCCGAUGAAGCCGCAUCCUUACACCCGGAGCAGAGGACUCUUCUUCUUCACGCUGUAGCCUUCUUUUUGGAGCACAAUGGCUUCUCCAAAACCCUAAAAAAGUUUCGUUCCGAAGCGCAGAUUGAGAAGGAUUCUUCAAAGGAGUUAUUGCUUAGUCUCGAAGAAAUGUGCCACAAGCAUUUUAAGAAAGGUAGUCAAGCCGUCACACCCCAAAAUAAACCAGUAGAUGAAGAAAUGGUGACAGAGGUUACCGAUGAUAGGGUUCCUGAAGAACAAGAGGAGCCUGCAAAGAAGUCCAAGGAUAAAAAGAAAAUAAAAAAGAAUGCAGUUGCAGAUAAAGAGAAAUCAGAACCUGCCCAUGUGGAGAGUUUGAAAAACUCCAAUGGCACAGAACCUUCCGAAGGCACUACUGUCCAUGAGGAGGCAGGAAAGAAAUCUAAGGAUAAAAAGAAAAAGAACAAAGAGAAGAUAGAGGCUGUUGCUACAAUCCCCGAUGAUGUAACUGUUUCAAGAGAUUCUCAAGCUGUAGACUCAAAUGGAUUGAAUGGUAAUGUUGCCACUCUUGACGAAAAGGUUGUCAAAUCCAAAAGUAAGAAGAAAAAGGAUGGUCGACAUUUAAGUGACACAAAUUCAAACCAGCUAAAUGAUGGUACCAAGAUGUUAGAUGAAGAGGAACACAACGACAAUUCUAAGAAGAGGAAAAGGUUGGCUUCUGAAGAUAACGACAGUCAUGCUGUCGAUGAGAAAGAAACCGAAGAUGUCAAACGUAGAAAAUUAGAAGGUUCAAAAGGAUGCAAUGAUGGUGUGCUGUCUACAAAGGUUGAUGUAAAUGAGCUUUCUCAGGAGACAGAUGUUGAAAAAACCGCAGAGAAAACUUCUUCAAAGAAACCUUGGAAGAAACCUUCAAAUGGCUCAACUGAGCCAAAGACCAUUAAUGCGUUCCAAAGGGUAAAAGUAGAUGCUGUGACAUUUGCUGAUGAGAAACUCGCAGAUAAUUCAUACUGGGCGAAGGGUGGAGCCGAGACUGGGUAUGGUGCAAAAGCUCAAGAGGUUCUUGGCCAGGUUAAAGGAAGGGGUUUUCGACAUGAAAAGACGAAGAAGAAGCGUGGAUCAUACCGAGGCGGAGUGAUAGAUCUGCAAUCUCACUCAGUAAAGUUCAAUUAUUCUGAUGAGGAUUGACCAUAUUUUAAUGGGAUUCACGAUUCUGGUCUUUAACUGCUUUUGAUCAUUCAUGAAUGAAGUUUCCAUCUCUGAAAAAAUUUUGGUCGUAUGUUCCUCCAUAGAGUAGAAACUCUAAAGAAUUGAUGUCCAAUAUUUAGCAUCAUAUUUUUUUUUUUUUAAGGAGUCCAUGAAUAUGCCUCAUCGAUUUUGAACUUAUUAUUAAUCCACUUUGUAGUUCUCCACA